CUGGUCAAAGAUCGAAUCUUUCAGCUAUAGAUUGAUUGUGGCUUAACUUGGUGCAGUGUAGGCUAUUUAGAUGAGGUGGGCUUCACUCACUGUCACAUAAACAUACGGGCUUUUGAGAGCGUUUUGGGAGGUGAUCAGGUAGCCUAGGCUACACCUCGCAGUUGGAGGUGCAGCCGCUGUAUCGCCAUUGAGAAGGAGCUGGUUCAAGGGUUAAACGUAUUUUGUUGUGUUCUGGCUGGUUAGGCUACUGUAACAGGUAACUGUAACCAUCGGAGGUGCCAUGUUGAGUUAGGCUACUCCAGUCUGGAUUUGUUAUGUUAAUCACUCUGUGGGCUAAUUCUCUAUCCAAAGUUUCGAAGUUAACUGAUGGUCAAAUCAUCCAGAAAUCCGAUGUUGUUUGCUCCUUCAUGUGAAAGAAUCGCUUUCUGAAGUGGCCUUAUUGCGUCUGAGAGCGAAAGUAGAACAACUUCCUGAUAGUUCCAGAGUUCAUUCAUUGGGAGGCGUGGUGUUUUCCUCGGUUUAUUCAUCUUGACACUGCGGGACACCGUCUUGGUAAAUAACCUACAGUAGACAUGGACCUGGUCACUUCAGCCAUUGAGCCGAUCAGGUUGAUCGCGGAGACGGUUUACGGUCUCUUCAUGAAGGAGAAGAACAAUAAGGACCAGUGUCUGCGGCUGGCCAAGAGUGUGGACGCCAUCAUGCAGACGUUGGAUGUGUUGCGGCGGCAGAAGGACCUGGACGUCCACAGCGCGGAGCUGCAGGCGCGGCUGCGCGAGGUGAAGGGCACGCUGGAGGCGGCCGAGGCGCUCCUGCUGAAGCGCGAGGGCGCUAACCAGCUGAAGAAGCUGCUGAAGGCGCACAAGACCAGCGACAAGCUGGACGACCUCUUCCAGCAGCUCAGCGAUGACCACACCAGGCUCACCCUGCUGCUACAGGUGGAGGGUCGUGAGAAGGCUGGCGCCACCAUCAGGAAGGUGGAUGUAGUGCAGGACACGCUGGACAGGACGGACGCUAAGGUGACCGCUGUGCACGACCAGGUGGACUCCGCCCUGCAGAAGGUCCACCGCGUGGACGAGAAGAUGGACGACUCGCAGAAGCAGAUGGGCGCUCUACACGAUAAGGUGGCCGAGUCUCAGCAGACCAUGGAGUCUCUGAACCAGAAGAUGGAGAAGCUCAUCAAAGCAGCGUCCCUUGAUGCCUCCGGCGGAGAUCAGACCAAUCCAAACCCAGGACCCCCCAGCGGAGUUCCGACCAAUCCAAACCCCGGACCCCCCAGCGGAGUUCCGACCAAUCCAAACCCAGGACCCCCCAGCGGAGUUCCGACCAAUCCAAACCCAGGACUCCCCAGCGGAGUUCCGACCAAUCCAAACCCAGGAGCUGCGGCGAGGCCUGCAGGCCCUCCGAUCCCUGAGGACGCAGUGGCAGCGUUAAGUGCAGUGCGCAGCAGGUUCGUGGAGAAGGCGAGCUUGCCCCUGCUGAAGCAGCUGCUGGACGAGCUGCAGACUGAGCGUGUGCUGAACGAGGAAGAGGCGGAGUCAGUGCUGGAGGAGCAGGCGGCCCGAGCUGACCGUGCCCGCUGCCUCAUCGACAUCGUGCGCAAGAAGGGCCGCCGCGCCAGCGAGAGGAUGAUUGCCCACCUGAGGGAGAAGGACUCCUCAUUGGCCGAAACCCUGGGGCUCGUCUGAGGGGAGGAGGGAGAAGGACCCCUCAUUGGCCGAAACCCUGGGGCUCGUCUGAGGGGAGGAGGGAGAAGGACCCCUCAUUGGCCGAAACCCUGGGGCUCGUCUGAGGGGAGG